CUCAACGCGGACUGAAUUCACCGUAGCUGAUCGAUUAAUACUUCUCAUCGAUUCACCGAUUGACCGGAUGGAUUGCUGACGUCACGGAUAUUGCUUUGAUGGAUCUGUGGAUUUAAUCGCUCUUCGUUUGAUCUGUAGUUGUUUUAUUCUCACGUCUCUCGGGUUUCACCUACCGGGGGGCAGCCAUGGGUUUCUACGGCACCUUGAAGCUCAUCUUCUAUAAAAUGAAGAGGAAGUUGGAUCAUGGUCCAGACGGCCGGCCGUUCCCCUCAGGGAAGAAGCACUGCAAAGGCAACGGGUACCUCAGUCCUUCCAGUCUGGUUCCGGCCACGCCCACCACAUUCGGUGACCUGCGGCUGGCCAAUGGGCAUUCGGCUCAGAGGCGGCGGGUCACCUCGGGUCCGCCCCCUUCUGGCCUGCAGGACUGGCUUCACAUGUUCCAGACGUGGAGCGGUCCUGAGAGGCUAUUGGCUCUGGACGAGUUGAUUGACAGGUGUGAGACCAAUCAGGUGAAGCACAUGAUGCAGGUCAUCGAGCCCCAGUUCCAGAGAGACUUCAUCUCCCUGCUGCCCAAAGAGCUGGCUCUGUACGUGCUGACCUUCCUGGCUCCCAGAGACCUGCUGCAGGCCGCUCAGACCUGCAGGUACUGGAGGAUCCUGGCUGAAGACAACCUGCUGUGGAGGGAGAAGUGCCGUGAGGAAGGUAUCUCAGAGUGUGCGUCUCACCAUCGCAGGAAGUGUGCGAGGCCGAGCGUGGCGGUCAGUCCGUGGAAAUCGGCCUACAUUCGACAACACCGCAUCGAGAACAACUGGAGGAACGGGGACACACGGGAGCCCAUGGUGUUGAAAGGUCACGACGAUCACGUGAUCACCUGCCUGCAGUUCAGCGGUGACCUGAUCGUCAGCGGCUCCGACGACAACACACUCAAAGUCUGGUCAGCCAUCACUGGCAAGUGUCUGCGGACGUUGACGGGUCACACCGGCGGGGUGUGGUGCAGUCAGAUGGCGGUCGCCACGGUGAUCAGCGGCUCCACCGACCGGACGCUGCGCGUGUGGGACGCCGAGAGCGGAGAGUGCGUCCACACGCUGUACGGACACACGUCCACUGUGCGCUGCAUGCAUCUCCACGGCAACCGGGUGGUGUCGGGCUCUCGGGACACGACGCUGCGAGUGUGGGACGUGUCAACGGGUCGCUGCGAGCACGUGCUGACGGGCCACGUGGCGGCGGUGCGCUGCGUCCAGUACGACGGCCGCCGCGUCGUGUCGGGCGGCUACGACUACAUGGUGAAGGUGUGGGACCCCGAGACGGAGGCGUGUCUGCACACACUGCAGGGACACACCAACAGGGUGUACUCGCUACAGUUUGACGGCGUCUUCGUCGUGAGCGGCUCAUUGGACACUUCGAUCAGAGUGUGGGACGCAGAGACAGGUGGGUGUGUCCACACGUUGACCGGCCACCAAUCGCUGACCAGCGGCAUGGAGCUACGAGACAACAUCCUGGUGUCCGGGAACGCCGACUCCACGGUGCGAGUGUGGGACGUCCGGACAGGACAGUGUCUCCACACGCUGCAAGGUCCUAACAAGCACCAGUCGGCAGUGACAUGCCUGCAGUUCUGCCGAGGUCUGGUCCUGUCCAGCUCCGACGAUGGGACGGUCAAACUGUGGGACCUGAGGACUGGGGCCUGGGUGAGGGACGUGGUGGCGCUGCAGAGCCGGGGAUCAGGCGGCGUGGUGUGGCGAAUCAGGGCGUCCGACACUCGGCUGGUGUGCGCCGCCGGAAGCAGGAACGGGACAGAGGAAACCAAACUGCUGGUGCUUGACUUCGACCUGGACGACAAGAAGAAAGAGACGGACUGAAGCGGGAGGGGGCGACGUGACGUCGUUAAGUAGAGACAAAAGAGCAGCAGACAACAGACAGGUAUGAAUGUUGCAACACGUCCUGAUUGGCUGGCAGAGACAGGUGAACAAGAUAUCUGCUGCAGCCUGGGAAAAACCAACAAGGACGGGCCACUAAAAACCUGAUGGGACGACCUCAGCCUGGCGGGAGCUGCGGCGACAGAUGAAUGUUUGACGCUGUGACGGACAAAAACAUGGAUGUAAACGGCUUCUACGACAAGGAACGAAUGUCCGAUGGACAGAUUAACAGAUGUCUUCAACAAACGUGGACAAAUCCUAAAACAUGAUGAUGGUGGUGG